AUGUGUUAUCUUUGGGCUAUUCUUGUUGAUGCUUUGACCUUUUCCAGAAUCCGCCUGUACGAGGACAUUCCUGACCAAAACUUAGCCUUUCGCGAGGUGCCCGCGCCGCCUCCACCUCCACCGCCGCCGCCGCCUCCACGGGAGGACGACCCCACGUUCGUUCGUCGCGUCCGCCUGACCUACCUUGACCGCGCGCACCAGUCGCACCAGCGCGUCCUGCUGGAGGAAAGCCAGGAGGUGAACUGGACCACACCCAGCUGGGUGUUCUCGGCCACGUGGCUGGCUCCCUAUGCCGCCUGCAUUGUCUCGAUUGCUGGCAAUGUGUUCUACACACUGGCAUACGUGGUGAAGUUCGGGCGCAUUGAGGAAGAGCACUGGCGCAUGGGGCUCGUGAUCGCGCUCUUGCUUUGGGGGUCCAUCCUGGAAGUCAUCCGUAGCGCGAUUACUACCGUUGUGGAGCUGCGCAAGUUCGAGAUCCGCCGUCGCAUGGCGGGCGGUGAUUUCUUGCAGAGCCGACUCAGGCAGGUGGGGGCGGGUGCCAAGCGUCCUGACGUGCGGCUGAGGGGCCCCCCGCCCAUGCGGCCCCCAGUGCCGACGAUGGCGCCGGCGAACCCCCCGAAGAGCGCACCCCCUCCACCACCACACCAGCCCAUGCCCGUCUCCCGCCCAGCCUACCUGCCGUCGGGAACCCCGCCCCCCCCGCCUGGGGCGCCGCCCCCUGGCGCCCCGAUGCUGCGCAGCGGCUCUGGGCAGAGCCUCCCCGUGGCGGCUGCCCUGCAGAACGUGCCCGGCACGCCCCAGGGCGGCACGCCCAUGGGCGGCACGCCCCGAGACAGCGCCACGCCGAGGGGGGGCAUGUCGGACAGCGGGCGCGGGCAGCCCCUGCCUCCGGCCACUCCGCCCCUGCAGCCGGGCGUGAACCUGCUGCCCGGCAGGCUGGACAGCUCGCCCUUCGGCCCCAGCGCCCCGGUCCAGGCACCGCCCAUGCCGCUGGGCGGCGUGCCCCCCUCCCCCACGGGCUCCGCUGUCAGCGCUGUCUCUGCGGCCCUGUCCGAGAAGCUGAAGGCCAGCCGCGUCGCCACACCACCGCCGCUGCCGCCCGGCGGCCAUGGCCGGCCGCCCUCGGGUGGCUCGUCGGCGUCCGGGGGCCGUGGGCCACGCCCGCCAGCGACGCAGGCUGGCAGUUUCACGCGCACGGGGAGCCAGAUGAGUGCUGGAUCGGCGCCUCCGAAGCCACCGACGCCGCCGCCAUCUGGAUCGAUGCAGCAGACCCGGGCCUCAUACCGAGCUCGGAAGCAGGGUUAGGGAGAGCAUGCAGCCCGACUGCCCCUGAGCGCGCCUUGCUUCGGAGAGUUCGGCGAUCGCAGGGAAGGCGUGUUCCAAGUAGGCAUGGGCACUACUAAUAGGCUGCAAAGCCGCCGGGAAGUCACGAAGGCGCCCGAAAACGCCGCCGAUGUAAACGCCAUCGUAUUGUGCCUGGCCCGCGCAGCGUGCACUGCCGUUCUUGUCCUGUCCUCUGGCCGCCAGGCCCGCGGCCUGCCCGGGAGGGCCCACCUCUGCCGCACACCUCGCGGCGCCCCGCUCUGGCUCUCAGCAUCACCGUCAAGCAACAUCGCCGUUUGCCCGACCUCGGCAUCUGUAGAUAUAGGAACAUACCAUGACUGGCCCGCGAAGUGUGCACUGCCAUCUUCGUCCUGUCCUCUGGCCGCCGAACCCGCGGCCCGCCCUGGAGCUGCGCUGGGCACGUCCCUCUACAGGAGGAAGAUUCAAAACUGGUGAAAAAAUCGAAGGCCUAGUAGGUAUGCCGGCGCUCACGCAUUGCAGAUCUGCUUCGUAUUUCAUACAUCAUCCCUGUCCCGCGGCCAAUUCAUGUCAGCAUCGAGGCAUCCCCGCGG